CGGUUGCCGAGGCGGUUGCUGUGUCAGUCUUCCCUCACUCCGCGUUCGACUCACUGUUCGUGUCGGUUUCCAUCUCGCUCCCCGCUUCCGUCAGAGGUUCGCCGUCUCCAGCAUCCCGUCGCCCAGCCCUCGAGCCGUCGGGGGCCCUAACGGGUACUCGCUGCCACUGUCGUUGGGUCUUUUCGCCGUUGAGCGAUCUCGGCCCCCGUUUCCUCGCGGCGUCGGGGUCGGCGGCCAUGGCGAGCUUCGGGAACAGGUAUCGGCUGAGCUGCUCCCUCUCGGGCCACGACCUCGACGUCCGGGGCUUAGUGUGUGGCCUCUACCCCCCGGGGACCUUCGUGUCGGUGUCUCGGGAUCGCACCGCCCGUCUCUGGGCUCCGGACAGUCCUAACAGGGGAUUUACAGAGAUACACCUUAUGAGCGGCCACUCCAAUUUUGUAUCUUGCGUGUGCAUCAUACCUGCAAGUGACAUCUAUCCUCGUGGGCUUGUUGCCACCGGAGGAAAUGACCACAAUAUUUGUGUCUUCACACUGGACAGGUCCUCACCUCUUUAUGUACUGAAAGGUCACAAAAAUACUGUUUGCAGCCUUUCCUCUGGGAAAUUUGGAACAUUACUUAGUGGCUCUUGGGACACUACAGCCAAGGUCUGGUUGAACGACAAAUGCAUGAUGACCUUACAGGGUCACACGGCUGCGGUGUGGGCAGUGAAGAUAUUACCUGAACAAGGUUUGAUGUUGACUGGUUCAGCAGACAAGACCAUUAAACUUUGGAAGGCUGGAAGAUGUGAGAGGACAUUUUCUGGUCACGAAGAUUGUGUGAGAGGUUUAGCAAUUCUAAAUGAAACUGAAUUCCUUUCCUGUGCUAAUGAUGCCAGUAUCCGAAAGUGGCACAUCAAUGGCGAGUGCCUUGAAGUGUUCUAUGGGCAUACAAAUUAUAUUUACAGCAUAUCUGUCUUUCCAAAUUGUGAAGAUUUUGUGUCGACCGCAGAAGACAGGUCUUUGAGAAUCUGGAAACAGGGGGAAUGUGCCCAAACCAUCCGACUUCCAGCUCAGUCUAUUUGGUGCUGCUGUGUGCUAGAUAAUGGUGACAUCGUGGUUGGUGCAAGCGAUGGCAUCAUCAGAGUGUUUACAGCUUCCUUGGACCGAACAGCAAGUAUCGCGGAGCUCCAGGCUUUUGACAGUGAACUUUCUCAGGCAACCAUUGACCCGAAAACUGGUGAUUUAGGUGAUAUCGAUGCCGAGCAACUUCCCGGAAAAGAACAUUUGAGUGAGCCUGGUACUAGAGAGGGACAGACGCGCCUGAUCAAAGAAGGGGGUCAAAUUGAAGCCUAUCAGUGGAGUGUUGGUGAAGGACGAUGGCUGAAGAUUGGUGAUGUUGUUGGCUCAUCUGGAGGCAGCCAGCAACCAUCUGGAAAAGUUUUCUUUGAAGGCAAAGAAUUUGACUAUGUCUUCUCGAUUGAUGUUAAUGAAAGUGGACCUUCCUAUAAGCUGCCAUAUAAUGCCUGUGAUGACCCCUGGUUAACUGCGUACAACUUCUUACAGAAGAAUGAUCUGAAUCCCAUGUUUUUGGAUCAAGUGGCCAAAUUCAUUAUAGAUAAUACAAAAGGGCAAACUUUGGGACUUGCAAACAGUACGUUUUCCGAUCCAUUUACAGGUGCUGGUCGCUAUGUCCCUGAUUCAACAGCAGGGCUUGGAGCUCCUUCAGGGGGAGUUGAUCCGUUUACAGGAAAUGCUGCCUACAGAUCAGCUACAUUUAAGACUGUAAAUAUUUAUUUUCCUAAGAAGGAGGCUGUUACUUUUGACCACGCGAAUCCAGUCCAGAUAUUGGGUAAACUGAAGGAACUUAAUAUAACUGCAGCAGCAGAACACAGGUUGACAGAAAGUGACUUGAUAAUUCUUGAAAAGAUGCUGCUUCUUUCUUGUGCUAGCUCUGCAGAAAAACCCACACCUCAGCAGCUUCAAAUUUUGUGGAAGGCUAUUAACUGGCCAGAAGAUAUCGUAUUUCCAGCUCUGGACAUUCUUCGGUUGUCAAUCAAAAAUCCCAGUGUAAAUGAGAGUUUCUGCAGUGAAAAGGAAGGUGAACAAUUCAGCAUUCAUCUCCUCAAAUUUCUAAACCCUAAAGGAAAGCCUGCAAACCAGCUGCUUGCACUCCGGACUCUUUGCAAUUGUUUUAUCAACCAGGCAGGCCAGAGGCUCUUGAUGUCACAGAGGGAAUCAAUAGUAUCGCAAGCGAUAGAGUUAAAAUCAGGCAGUAGUAAGAACAUCCAUAUUGCCCUAGCAACGCUGACGCUUAACUACUCUGUCUUUUUAUAUAAAACCUAUAACAUUGAAGGUAAAGCUCAGUGUUUAUCAGGAAUCAGCACACUUAUGGAAGUUGUAAAUGACCUUGAAGCCACUUUUAGACUUCUCGUGGCUCUUGGGACUCUCAUCAGCGAUGAUUUGAAUGCUGUGGAAUUAGCCAGGUCCUUAGGGGUAGAUUCUCAAAUAAAAAGAUACGCCUCAGUAUCAGAGCCAGCUAAAGUGAGUGAAUGUUGUAGGCUUGUCCUUAAGUUGCUGUGAGCUGUUGUUUGUACCACAUGAGAUUCUACGGUUAUGCCUUGAGUAGUGCUUUUUUCCUCCAUAUUUUGCCUGACUAAAUAGAGUUGACAGAGUACCGUGGAAGAAAUAUCAACUCGAUAAGCUUGUUGAAUAGGGACAAAAAAUAAAAUGUUUUUGCACUGAUUGUAAACUGUGUGAUACUUUCCUGAAAAAUAGAGCUGAAAGAAUUUCAAGUGCAUAAAAACAAGCCAGUGUGAUGAACAUUUUUUGGACUAUAUGUGUAAAAAGCACUUUCCUUAUUGAAGAGUUGAAAGCACUGAUUUCUAGAGUUAAAGUUCCUGAUAUAAAUUAACUUGCUUUUGUCAUUAAUAUAGCAUGAAAGUGUGAUUGUUGUUAACACACCAUAAUUUCAAUGCACUUUAAGUUCGGUUGUAUUAGUUUCUCAAAAUAACAUUACUGAUCCAACUCAAGGUCUUGUGAGGAAUAAUGUUUGUUGAAUUCUUCUUUGUCACUUUUAGUAGUCUUGUAAGUAAUAUCUCUCUGAGGUUUAUUAUUUUUUUUCCAGAUUUUAAAAAACACCACCAACCCCCCCAAAGAAAAAAAUAGGCUAAGUGAAUAUACCACAGUGCACAUCAGUUCAACAGCCCUGAGUUUAGAAUUGAUGAUUUGAGUCCAGUGUUCCAGGAGUUUAUCUGCAGUUCAUUAUUUGGGCUACCUCCAUUUUUUUCUUUUCAAUUUUGGCCCUUAAGUUAGUAAAUUCAGAUUCCACGUUUAUUUUUACUAAGCAAAAUUUGGCAGUUUAUGGCAAGCAUCAAGAGUCCCAAAAGAUGUUUACUACGGAAACACACAUUUGUUACUUUUUCUAAUGGAAGCAUAUUCAAACGUAAUUACAAGCAAAUGCUGAAAGUGUUCAAAUUAACAGUUACAUCUUAAUACACUGCUAUACAAAAUGUCUACUGUUAGCAUUAAGUGUAAGACGAUUUACAUGUGCUUUGCACUGCUAUAUUGUUAGCCUAUGUAAUAUGCAAAAAUAAAAGUUUCCAUUAAUGAUCUCAAACUUUUCAAAAAUAUAAAUAAAGUGCCAUAAUACUGUUA